AUGGAUCCCGACAAUGAGAAAGUGCGUAUACGUCGAGACUAUGCAAAGCGUUCCGCUGCAUCACAGCCGCCUCCUCGGCACUCCUUACUAACAUCUCCCCAAUCUCUCUCCCGAACGUGCUCCUCAUCCUCCUCCAUCCUCCUUUCCGCCUCGGCCCUCUCUGCCUCCUCGUCUGUGCAUCCGCCGCCGCCGCCAUGA